UCCUCACGCUAUUGCAGUGAACUUGUUCUAUUACCGUAGUGCGUAUCGUUGCGUGUGUGUUUACCUCGCUUUAGGUCAUUACGCUUGUGGAUUUCUCUGGGUUGCCGAUAUGGCUCCGAAGAGUGAUGAGCAGAAGGCUGGCAAGAGCAAGGCUGAGAAGAAACCAGUAGUGAAGAAAGCCGAGAAGAAGAUCAAGAGCGAUACUAAGGUUGACGCUAAGAAGAAGAAGGCGAAGAAGAGCGUUGAGACGUACAAGAUUUACAUCUACAAGGUCUUGAAGCAGGUACAUCCUGACACUGGUAUAUCUUCUAAGGCUAUGGGCAUCAUGAAUUCCUUUAUCAACGAUAUCUUUGAGAAGUUGGCCCAGGAAGCCGCUCGGCUUGCAAGGUAUAAUAAGAAGCCGACCAUCACUUCUCGUGAGAUUCAAACCGCUGUGCGCUUGAUUCUUCCCGGAGAGUUGGCGAAACACGCAGUGUCUGAAGGAACUAAGGCUGUGACAAAGUUCACGAGCUCUUAGUUCAAUUCGAGGCAUACUUUUAUGGUGUUUUAUUAACACCACCUCUCUUCAGAGACUACCACUCCAUUUAUUUCAUUUCUUCUACAUACUUAACCUAAACCUCGUUUACAUAGCCUCAAGUCCGCAAUUCCUCAAUUCUCUUCCUUCAGUCUCACUCGGCGCGAGUCCCGCUACUCAGUUGUCUCCGCGAGGUAGUAGUUGAAAGUCCUUUCGAUGUUAAUGUCUGCUUUCAUCGCGUUGCCGUCACUAAUUCCUACCUCCCCACGUUGCUGUCUGUAGAGGUUGACUGGAAGCUUAGAAGCCUGAUUAUAAUCUCCGAACAUCCUCCGGAAAGUGUGAUAAACUACAUCUCUUGUAAAAAUCCCAUUUUUAGGUUAUUCCAAUCGCGAUUGGGCAAAUUCACUUGUGAUUUGCAUAACUCCUUGCGAAGAGACGCCGUUUUGAUGUCUCAAUCCUGGCUAAUGGUUGUAGGUGACCUCUAUGUAUCAACUUCACCAUGUACAAGCUACGUUAUGCAGUAUAUCCUUGUCCUGCAAAAAAGAGUGUUAUAAAAGUGUACUGCAGUCUGCUACAAGACUCGCGAACCUGUAAGAAAUACAACUUUUGCUUGAAACGAA